CUGAUAGAAGUCAUCCACAAUCCACGAGUGUUCAUUUUUGCUCGUCAUCAUCUGUGUCACUCUUUCCUCGUCUGCCAACAAUUUAUGUCUCUAAUGGCGGCAGCUCGCAAUAGUACUGUUGCGAAUCGAAAUCAAAUCUGCUCGCUUACAAUCUCAUCCUCUCAACUCUCUGCCUUCAUAGGCAAACCUCGACCCAACACGUUCCAAUUUUCUGGCACCACUUUUCCCAGAAUUCACCGCCGCCGCAGUUCUAUUCCGUCGCUGUCCAGGAGGCUUAUCGUUGUCCCUGCAGUUUCCGGGCUCUGGAAUGCCUUAACUGGCGCCGACCCGGCCCGCGAAGCCCUCCUCGCUAUCCGACGGGGGAUGCUUCUCUUCAGACAGGGUGACGUGCAGGGCUCGCUAGUCGAGUUCGACAGGGCUAUCGAGCUCGAUCAACGCCAGAGGGCGUACCUUUGGCAGAGAGGGUUAUCACUAUACUAUCUUGAUCGAUUUGAAGAGGGAGCAGAGCAAUUUAGACUAGAUGUUGCACAAAACCCCGAUGAUACUGAGGAAUCAAUUUGGUGUUUUCUCUGUGAAGCUCGAUUAUAUGGCGUUGAUGAGGCAAGAAAACGGUUUCUGGAGGUUGGUACAGAUCCCCGGCCUGUCAUGAGGGAAGCUUAUCGCUUGUUUAGAGAUGGUGGUGACCCUGAAAAGGUGAAUUUACAACUCGUUGCAGCAUUUUCAGGUGGACGUGAGAACGAAUAUUUUUAUUCCUCUUUAUAUGCUGGGCUUUAUUAUGAAUCUCAGAAUAAGCCCGAUGAAGCUAAGCUUCACCUAAUGGCUGCAUGUAAAUCUCCUUAUGGUUCGAGGUCCGAUGACUACAUGGCUUCGCUAGCAAAGGUUCAUUGUGAUUGCCGAAAUUGGAGAUUCGGUUGAAAAAUCGAAAUGCAACCCCUUUACUUACCACACAUUUAACUCUGAUUUAUUACCAAGUACCAUAUUUUUGAAAUUAAAAGAAAAAAAAGACAAGUUUCAAAUCUGUUUUCAGUUGAGCUGUGUGUAAAUUUUGAUUGUAUAGUAAAAAUAAGUGUCUAGCAUGAGCACAGAAUGAACUUAAGCCAAAGUUUUGGUAAUCACUGUUUAUAUAUUCUUGGGUUUAGCCGGGUGAGCUUCAUAUGCCCACGGGGUUUUAACUAUAGGAUUAGUAAGUAUUCUAGUUUAUUAAGUUGUGACUUGUAAUAGCACUUUUAGUUAUUGGUUUAAUAGCACUUAUAGCCAUAGUCGUUAAUUAUUAAACUAGUGUAUACCCCGUGCGAUGUACG